AUGGCAAAAAAGAAAUUUGUAGAAAAUACAAACUGGAAAAAGAUUGACACAGAUAAUCAAUUAAUUUUUGAACAAGGUGGUUUUUUAGGUUUGGAAGAAAUUGAUCCAAAUGAUUACUUUUUAACUGAUAAAAAUGUUGAUAAAAUUGAAAAACAACAAAAACAAAAACAAAAACAAGAACAAGAACAAGAACAAAAACCAACAAACAAAUUAACAACAAAAUCAACAACAAAAUCAACACCAGUACAAAACAAGAAUCAAAAACCAGUUGACAAAAAGAGAAAAUCAAAAAAAGGUAAUGAUGAUUCAGAUAAUGAAUAUAGUGGUUAUCAAGAUGAUAGCGAUCAAGAUGAUGAAUACUCUGCAGCUAAAAAGAAACCAAGAAUUAUAAAACCAACUGAAACAGUUGACAUGGGUACUGAAUUAUUAAAUUCUUUUGUUGAAGGUACUGUCCAUAAUAAAAAGAAACAAAGAAAAGGAAUAAAAGUUAAACAAAUUAUCGAUGAUAAUGAUAAUGAUUUUGAAGAUGAAGAGGAAGAAGUUAAACCACAACAAAAAUUACAAAAACAAAAACAACAAGAACAAAAGCAAAAACAACCACAAAAACAACCACAACAACCAAAUAAAAAAAAUAAUAAAAAGGAAUUACAAAAAGAAGAAGAGGAACAAAUGGAGGAGGAGAAGGAGGAAGAAGAAGUACAACAAGAAGAAGAAGAAGAAAAAGAAAUUAAAAAACCAAUUAAAGAAAAAAAAGUUAAAACUCAAAAACAAAUUGAAGCAGCUAAAAAAAAUAUUAAUAAAUUAGAAAAGAUUAAAAAGAGAAAAGAGAUUUCAGAACAAAAAACAAUUUCAAAAGAGGAACAAGAUCAAUUAGAUAUGUCAGAAUGGAAUAGUUAUAAUCUUGAUCCAUUAAUUCUUAAAGGUUUACGUUCAUUAGGUUUCUCAAAACCAACAGAAAUUCAAUCAUCUGUUAUUCCAGUUGCAGUUUCAUCAGGUUAUGAUGUUAUUGGUGCAGCUCAAACUGGUUCGGGUAAAACUUUAGCAUUUGGUAUUCCAAUGGUACAAAGAAUUUUACAACAUUUAAGAAAACAUGGUCAAAAUGUUGAAAAUAAAGCUAACAAACAACAAAAUGAUAAUGAUGACGAAAAUGAAGAUGUUGAAGAGGAGGAGGAAGAAGAGGAAGAAGAGGGUAGAUCAAAAGAAUAUAGAAAAUUAUUUUCAUUAGUAAUUUGUCCAACUAGAGAAUUAGCAAUUCAAGUUACAAAUCAUAUUAAAUCAAUUAUUUCACAUACAAAUUUAAAGGUUAUUUCAAUUGUUGGUGGUAUGGCAUCACAAAGACAACAAAGAGUUUUAUCAAAGAGACCAGAGAUUGUUGUUGCGACACCAGGUCGUCUUUGGGAAUUAAUUACUGAAGGUCAUCAACAUUUAGUUGAAUUGGAAAGUUUAUUAUGUUUAGGUAUUGAUGAAGCAGAUCGUAUGGUUGAACAAGGUCAUUUCGCAGAGUUGGAAAGUAUUUUAAAGACAUUACCAAUUCAUCGUACAGCAAUGUCAAAGAAAGAAAGAUUAAAAAAGAAAGAAACCGAAGAAAAGCGUAAUAAACGUAGAAAAGUUGAUAAAUUAAAUGACAAGGGUGAAAUGAUUAAAGGCGAUCAAGAUGAUAUGGAUGAUCAAAUUCCAGAUGAAGAAAUGGAAGAAUUAGAACAAGAGGAACAAAACCAUCUUACAACUACACACAAAAGACAAACAUUUGUUUUCUCUGCAACACUUGUAAACAUACCAGGUGAUGGUGCACCAACAAGUCAAAAAAAGAAAUAUAGAAAAUUGACACCAAUUGAAAAUUUAAUUGAAAAAGUUCGUUUCCAACGUGACUAUAAAUUAAUUGAUGUGACUCAAAAGAGAUUGACAGCAAAGAAUCUUUUAGAAACUAAAAUCUUUUGUAAUCUUGAAGAAAAGGAUAUGUAUCUUUAUUACUUUGUUGAAAGAUAUCCAGGUCGUACAUUGGUAUUUGUAAAUUCAAUUGAUUGUGCACGUCGUUUAAUUCCAAUUUUCAAUAUAUUAGAGGUACCAGUAUUUGCACUCCAUGCACAAAUGCAACAAAAGCAACGUUUAAAGAAUCUUGAUCGUUUCCGUACUUUAGAUAAUGUGGUUUUAAUUGCAACCGAUGUUGCCGCUCGUGGUUUAGAUAUUCCAUUGGUUCAACAUGUAAUUCAUUAUCAAGUACCACGUACAACUCAAUUAUACAUUCAUCGUAGUGGUCGUACUGCUCGUUCAGAUCAAGAUGGUAUUUCAGUUGUAUUGGUAACUCCAAAAGAACGUCCACUCUAUAUUAAAUUGGAUUCUUCAAUCGAGCAUGAUAUUGGUAAUUUCCCAACCGAUAUUCGUUAUAUGGAGGGUGUUAGAGAUAGAAUUGAAUUGGCAAAAGAAAUCGAUAAAUUAUCUCAUCAAUCAUUAAAAGAUAAUAGAGAGAAAAGUUGGUUCAAAAAACAAGCUGAAGAAAUGGAUAUCGAAUUGGAUGGUGACUUUUUCGGUGAAAACUCUGAUGAUGAACAAUCUGAAGAUACUCGUAUAGCUGAACAAAAGAAACAAUUUAAAUUAAAACAAUUAAGAGCUCAAUUGAAACACUUACUCUCUCGUUCACUUUUACCAAGAGGUGUUUCUCAAUCCUAUAUCACUGCUUCUGCAAUUCAAGAAUUAGAAUCAAAGAGUCAAUCUUCCGCUGCAACUGAUUUCUCAAAUAAAGCUAAAAAUGUAAUUGGUAAAAAAGCAAAACAACUUGCAAUUGAAAAUCAUUCAAAAUUUUUAACAAAAAAUAAAAAGAAAUAA